AUGCCUCGUUCACGUGUCCCUCCUACGCUUCUCACGAAGCUGAGGCAUCCGCGCGAAGCCACUGAUGGGCCGCGACUAUGGAACGCCAAAAGAAGAAUAAAGACCAGCAAGGGACUCAGUCCGGAGCAGUUUCAGCAAUUCAAACAGACGCCGCCGCACGUCUGGUACAAUGCAUAUAUCAGUUUACAACAAGACCCCAGUCGAACGGGACUGUCCUCGCAUCAGAAAUUCGCGCCAGCGGAGCUGUAUGCUAUUGACAGAACAGUCAACGACAGAGGCGAGUUAGAAUGGUGGAAGCUGGAUCGGGAGCAUCUCGACAAGUUCAUGGACGCACAUCCACAGCUCAGCAACGUCUCCGGCGACGUUCGGACCUUCAUCGCGGAAAACGGCCAUACGUUGAGCAAGUCCAAGAUUCUCCAGCUUCUACGAAGUCCAGUACAGUACUUCUCCGCCUCUUCGAAUGUACCCCUGGAGCAACGAAAACAGAUAUAUUUUCCCGACGUCAAGGACGCCGUUGUACUUAUGCGGACGCCCCAUCUUGGCCCACGAUACGCCGCUUUCGACGUCCCGCUCCAUUUCAGCAAGCUGGACAUGAAGGCAUACCUGAAAGACGUCUACAAUGUGGAUGUGCUUCACAUUCGAAGUGUUGUGAUUCAGUCGAAAGUGCAAAGAAAAGACGCUACCUCUCCGUACACGCAAGGCGCAUUGUUCCGACCUCCGAGUCAGAAGAAGAUGACGGUGCAGCUCGCAAAGCCAUUCGUGUAUCCCGCCGAGAUCAAGGAUUUGUCACCGUGGGAGUACGACACCUAUUGGAACACAAUGAAGGCUUAUGUAGCCGAACAACGAGAGAAUUCCAUAUGGGGAAGCACACAACCGAACCUCGAGCAUCGGAAAUCCAUUGCCCAACAAGCACAACAACUACUGAAAGGAAAAGACAAGUGGGCACCAACAUGGCAGGCGUUUGCGGAUACCACGAGGGCCAUGCAAGGUGUAGCCACUCAACUCCCUAAAUCGCUGCCGACGAGGACCGCUCCCCCGGCGAGCACGAGUGUAAAAUGA